AUGACGAGCGACUUUCAUCGCCCCGGUCUACACCCGCUGUCGCAUCUCAAAGCUGGCCCGACAACCUCUAGCUCCAAAUCAACAGCCCGACCUGCUUCCUCAACGGCGCAGCCAUCUCCUCAAACAUCCUCCCGAUCACGUCUUUCAAAGUAUAACUCUAGUCGUGAUGAAGAUAUAGAUACAUUCAGCAACAAGGCGACAACAACACUUAUCCGUCGCGUUCUUUGUCCUCAGGCGAACAGCUCUUCGUCCCUAGAGGAGCUGCUACCUCCCCUCACGAGCUCCAACGAUGUAGACCAUCAGCUCUACGCCCUGAUCGCUAUCAUUGUCAAAGAAUUCGUUCAUUCGUGGUAUUCCAAGAUCACGUCCGAUCAGAUUUUCGUCAAUGAGCUUCUGCAGGUCAUUGCGCAUUGUACGCGUGCGCUCGAGCAACGGUUGCGACAGACUGAUGUUUCCCAGCUGGUUCUGGAUGAGAUUCCUGCUCUUAUCGAAGCACAUAUAACCUCAUACCGGCUGGCUAAACAACAAUCGACCCUUUCUGGAUUGCCAACAUCGACUCGCGCGAUAUAUCAUGCAUUAAACCCACACCCGGGUCUUUCGCCCAUUCCGGACCCUGCUGACCCCCAGAGUAUUGCUGAGCAGCGUGAAAAUGAAUCAUCAUACCGACAAUUACUGGUGUACGGAAUGCUGGCCGUUCUCCUCCCGACGGAAGACCUUGAGAAUAGCUGUUUGCGCACCUUGCUAGGCGACAUUCUGGCGGAUCUCAUCUUGGGAAAAGAAGUCAGUGGAAGAAUAUGCGAGGGAUGGUUCUUGUGGGAGACAAUUGCAAAACUUGUUGAAGUCAGUCAGCAGAAGCCGCGCUAUGACGACAAUAACAAGUCUCAGGGACAGCCAGAGGACCGACUGAGGAAAUUCGGCUUACUCUCGACCGAGGAAGAAGACCGGGAUUUGUCAUAUACGUCUCAAUCGCGAAUCUCCGUGUGGAUCUGGGGUGUCCUUCAAUACGUCUACGUAACUUUUCUUGCUCUACGUUUUAUUGCGACGGGGUUAUUUCGCGUUGCAUCACGACCUCAAUCCACUACUUCGCGAGUAACGAAGACCUAUCCUCCAAACGCGACUGCUAGUCCAGUCAAUCAACGUCCGGUACUGGACUUCCGGCUGUUUAGCAUGGUAUCGGAACUAUUGGCGGUGCCCCAACGAAUGCCAUGGUUGGGAGGACUUUUGGCGCUCUUUCAACAUCUGGUACUGGCGGGUCCAAGGAGAUUAGGAGAUGCUGACAGUGUCCUUGAUAGGUGA